CCCAAUUAAAACCCUAAUUUUUCAAAUUUGCCCCAAAUCCCAUAAAAAGUAACAAGAGCGAGCAACUUGAUUGCAUUUUUGCGAUGCCGAAACGGAAAGCAAAGAAGAUUACUAAACAGCCCGCGCGUGAAGCUGUUGCUUAUGAAUCCGAGGUUGAGAGACAAUGUGCUGCAAUCAGGACGAUAGGCGAAGUGGAGAUCGAAAGGUUGCUUACUGCGGCACGUUUGCUGAAAUCGAAUAUGACCACUGAACAGCUUCAGAUGCCGUUACUUCAAUUUUUCGAGGAGAAUCUUCCGAAUCUAAUGAUUUCAAGAAGUGAGAAUGAUGGGACGAUUGAAGUGAAAUGGAAGGUUCAGGAUGGGGAUGUGUCCAUGAACACGGUCGAUGGUGGAAAUAUGAUGUCUUCCGUUCUGCAGCAUAUGUCGAUGGCCUAUCAUGACUUUGUUGGUGGCUAUGAAUUUUCAAGUAAAUCUGUGAAAACGGGCUUCAUUGGUGCUGAUAGUCUUCAGAUGAAGGAUUUUGUUCUUGAGGAGCAAUCUGACACUCAUAUUCUUGGCGUUGAAGAUUCUAUGCAAACUCCCGGGGUGACUAGCCAGAGGUUGUCAAUUGGCAUGACACCAAAAACUUUAAGACUUCCAAAGCAGGGUGAGAUGCUUCUGUCAGUUCAUGGUUCACCCCUUGGUGUUUACAAGGAAAACAACAUGGACGCAAUACAUGAAACAGAGGAAGAAUGACUAGUUCCCUGUUAAUUUCCAAGAUCUGCAAAAGAGAAAUGUUUGAUUUGCUUCUCAGUUCUACUUUAAGCGGUAUAGCUAGUAUCUAAGUGUUUUUCUGGAGUUGCUAUCAAAGAGGUUGCUAUAAUGCAAUUCAAUGGAUUGAAAAAUAUGUAUCUUGCAUGUUAUUAAAUCAAAUUACAGCUUCCAGCUUAA